UGGCAACGACUCGCAUGUAACUGUAAACUUGCUAGCCAAAACCGAACACCACGAGACGCGAGCGCUCUAACCCUAGAAGCGGCGGCCAUGGACUCGGGAGGCGGAGGAGGGAGCGGCGCGCACAAGGCCGCGUCGGGCUCCGCGCCUUCGCCGGCGCCGCCGGCGCCGAACCCCACGGCGAUGCUCUCGGCGCUGAUGAGCAAGCGCGCCAGGCUCCAGGAGGAGCUCCGCUUCAUCGAGCGCCAGGUUUAUGAUAUGGAGACUACCUACCUACAAGAGUCUAAUCAGUUUGGAAGCGUGCUAAAGGGUUUUGAAUCAUUUUUGUCAUCGUCGAAAAACACUUCUAAUCUCAAGCGCUCCCGGAAAUUUCAGGCCGACGAGAGGCUAUUCUCUCUGUCAUCUGUUACUUCUCCAGCGGUUGAUGAACAUUUGGCCGGGCGAGAUGAUGGAAGAGAGUAUGGAUCAGGUCGUUCGAAGGGCGCAAGCACUCCUGCAAAUGGGCAAGGAAAACCGAAGAAGGGAGGGCGCCCCGGAGGGAGAGAUGGCAAGAGACUACGGCCGUCCAAUGAUCCAGACCUGGACGACGAAGAUGACUACUAACUCCUCAAUGUUGUAGGCCUACUGUAGCGGAUCAACUUAAUUUUAGCGUCUAGCCGCACAUGAUUCUUUA